AUGGUACUAGUCGUAAGAAAUGAUCUUAAAAUGGGAAAAGGAAAAGUCGCAGCACAGGUGAAUAUAUCAUGUGAACAAACUCCUGAUGCUGUUGAUACAUGGUUUUCUGGUGGACAAGCUAAAGUUGUUUGUAAAUGUGAAUCAGCGGAUGAUUUAGAAGAAUUACGACGUCAAGCUAAACGUAAAGGUCUUACAACUUGUUUGAUACGAGAUGCAGGACGAACACAAAUUGAACCUGGUAGUAAAACAGUACUUGGAAUUGGACCAGAAGAUACCAUGUUCAAAGCAAUGUUUAGUGGACGUAUGGAAGUUGUACAAGAUAGUGAAGGUUGGGUAUUAAUUGAUCGUGAUGGUAAACAUUUUGAUUUAAUUUUAAAUUAUUUACGUGAUGGAACAAUUAAUUUACCUGAAUGUAAUCAAAUAUUAAAUGAAUUAUUACAUGAAGCAAAAUUUUAUUGUAUAGAAUCUCUGAUUGAACUUAUUGAACAACAAUUACGAACACGUUCAAGAAAAAAUGCCGGUGAUACAGAUGCUUGUUGUAAAGUAAUUAUGUUAACAUCAGCAAAAGAAUUACCCAACAUAGUCACGACAGUACGUAAACCAAUUGUUAAAUUAGCUAUUAAUCGACAUAAUAACAAAUAUUCAUAUACUGCUUCAUCGGAUGAAAUGUUAAUGAAAAAUAUUGAAUUGUUUGAUAAAUUAAGUAUUCGUUUACAUGAUAGAAGAUUAUUUAUUAAAGAUGUAACUGGAAGUGAAGAAAUUUGUUGUUGGAGUUUUUAUGGUAAUGGACAAAAAAUGGCUGAAGUUUGUUGUACAUCAAUUGUUUAUGCAACUGAACGAAAACAAAAUAAGGUUGAAUUUUUUGAAGCAAGAAUAUAUGAAGAAACAUUAAAUAUUUUACUAUAUGAAAAUCGAAAUGCAUCUGUCGAUGAAAUAAUUCGUGCAACAACACCACGUUUUGCAUCAGCUGCAUUGACUGAUGAUGAUUUAGAUGAAGAACGAAGUAUAAGUACAACUGUUGUACCAACAACAAAUCGAUCAACUAGAAAACGUUAA